CGUGCGCUGUUCGCUCGCCUGGCUGAUUUUUUAUAUUUUUUUUGUUCGAUUUUUGAAUUUCGCGUUUUCGGCCAGUGACUGUGUUGUGUGAGUGAGUGAUAUUUUUUUCGAUUUUUGGAGUUGUGAACUUUUUUCAAAAUGAAUGGGGUCGCGAAUCCUCCAUUCAACAUGUCCAUAAUAGACUCGUACAAGCGGUUUAUGGAGAGAAACAGUGACCCCCGAACAGAAGAAUGGACCCUAAUGUCAGGCCCCGGACCCCUACUGACCAUAUUGGCCACAUACGUGUACUUCUGUACGUCAGUGGGUCCCCGCUACAUGAGGGACCGAAAGCCAUACGACCUCAAGAACACUAUAGUCGUGUACAAUAUAUCGCAAGUGCUGAUGUCUGUGUUCUUGGUUUAUGAGGGUUUAGUAUCCGGAUGGUGGAAUGACUACAACUUCUCUUGCCAACCAGUGGACUAUUCGGAUUCACCUAAAGCGAAGAGGAUGGCAGCAGCAGUCUGGUGGUACUUCAUGGCAAAGAUCAUUGAACUUUUGGACACCGUUUUCUUCGUGCUAAGGAAGAAAAAUCGGCAGAUUUCCUUCUUGCACCUGUAUCAUCAUUUCAUGAUGCCCAUCUGUGCCUGGAUUGGGGUGAAGUUCUUGCCAGGGGGUCACGGGACGCUGCUAGGUGUCAUCAACUCCUUCAUCCACAUCAUCAUGUACACCUACUACCUGAUCUCGGGGCUGGGCCCGCAGUACCAGAAGUAUCUCUGGUGGAAGAAGCAUGUUACAACACUGCAACUGAUCCAGUUCUGCAUUAUUUUCUACCACAAUUUCUCGGUCAUGUUUGGAGAUUGCAACUACCCGAAGGGAAUCAACUUCUUACUUUCUUUGAACGCUGGCCUUUUCCUCUACAUGUUCGGAAAUUUCUAUUACCAAAACUACGUCAAAGUAAAGAAAUCUGUACAGAACGGAGAUGUCAAUAAAGAAGUCAAACAUGCAGAUAGCAAUGGCCAUGUCAAGCCAAGUGAAAUAAACGGGGAAAAUACGAAAACAAUCGUUGCAGAAGAAAAGAAGGAAUGUUAGCGAAAAGACUUAUCGUAUACUUAUUAUCAGACAUCGUAACUAUUCCGGAAAUUUCAGUGCAGCAAUUAAGGCUCAUUCUAUUGUUAUUAAAGUGGUUUUCCACUGGCAGGGCAGAGCGGGGAGGGAAUUGAAAUUUGUAUCAAAUUUUCAAUUUUCGCCCAGCGCAUCUUCGGUGGAAAUAGUAAAGAUUAGAGAUGGGCCGAAUAUGGACUUUGCCGAAUACGAAUAUUCGGCCGAACAUUCGGUUCAUCUCUUACCGAACCGAACAUUCGGCCGAAUAUUCGGUUACGCCAUAUUUUUAAGGCGGAUGUUAAGAUUAAAACUGUUAAAAGAUUGACUUAAUGAUUAUUGGUUACAUAACUAAAACUGAGUUUUUAUGAUUUAGUGGAUGACUAUAAAACUUAGCUAAAACAACUCUGAAAUCUUCUCAAUUACGGUUUUUUUUUACUUUUUUAGAAAACAAUACAAUUGUACCUGUACCUAUUUAUAUUUUGACGCAUAGGUAAUUGUGUCUUUUUAGUAGUUCCUUAG